AGUUAAAUUCUUACAAACAUAAGCAUUUACAAAUUACGUUUAACAACUAACAAAUAAUUUUUGGUAAAAGUUAGUAUGGAGAAAUUACUUCGAGAUGUUCAUAUUGGAUUAGACUUACCAUGCUCUCCUGUGCAAAUAAUUAAGGGAAGCUACACUUAUUAUCAUUAUCUUUGCGAUGGAACUGAUGACAGGGGUUGGGGGUGUGGUUAUAGAACAUUGCAAACCAUUUUAAGUUGGAUACAAUUUAACAAACAAAAUAUUCAUGAGAACAUAAUGCUGCCCAAUAUAUUUGAUAUACAAGAAGCACUUGUUAAAAUGGAGGAUAAGCAAAAUAGCUUUGUAAAUUCUCGAGAAUGGUUGGGUUCUUUUGAAGUCUGCCUGUGUAUAGAUUACUUUCAUGGUGUGCCUUGCAAAAUACAGCAUAUUCGCAGUGGUGAAAACAUUCAUGAGGCUCUGCAAUUUCUUUGGCAGCAUUUUCAGGACUUUGGAAGUCCUGUAAUGAUGGGAGGGGAUACAGAUGCUUCUUCCAAGUGCAUCCUUGGCAUUUGUGGAAAAGAAAAGAAUGAAUGUUAUCUUCUUAUUCUUGACCCACACUGUUCAAAAACAAACGUGACAACAGAAGAACUUAUUUCUGAUAAAUGGGUAACAUGGAGAAAUAUAGACACCCUGCUUAAUAGCUCUUUCUAUAAUCUAUGUCUGCCUCAAGUUAAAAGCAAACUGGGGUGACUGGUUUUUUAUGUUCAGCGGGUCACUUAUAAUGGAGAGAAUACCUUUGUGCAAUAUCUUACAAAAAUAUACACCACAAUCUUAUUUGCAAGUUACAACUAUAUUAAACAUCUAGACACAAAUAAAUAUUACAAAAACACAUAAAGUAUAUAGAACAUUUGAAACAAGUUUUUAACCACAGUGUUUUGUUAUAAUUCACAGUUAUAAACUGUUGAAAGAUCAUUCAAUUUCUCAAGAUCAUGUCCUU